CGGGCUUUUAUUGAAUAGCUCACUCCACGUGCAACCCGUACUUCCCUUCUGAAGAAAAAUGCAAACGAAGCCAAAUGUCGCCAUGUUCAAUUGUCCACCUCUUACUCAUCUCUGUUAUAUGAUUCAUCACUUUCUCUCCCUUACUUCUCUCCCAUCUCUGAUAUUUUUCUCCCUUCUCUGUUUAAUUUUUGUCUCUUUCCCCUCCAGAACCGCGUAUUCUCCUCCCUUGGACAUUUCUGCAAAUAUCUUCCUUUUGCUAAUUAUUACUCCUCACUCCUUUCCCAUUUUUCUCCCACUUGCUUCUCUGAUAGCUAAUCUCCCUCUCUCCAUCUCUCCUUCUGUCGCUUUAUCUCUUUACCAUUACUGGUUGAUUCCUUUUUGGUAUCCUCAAAAAGGGUAGUUGCGUUUGAUACUUGCUUCUGCGUCAGCUAAACAACUAAAGAAGCACUUUCUCCCCCCAAGAAUUACUGGGAGGUCAGUAUGGCAACUAAAGAAGCAACUAAUGGUGCUAGCGUUACUGUUUCUGCCGUUUCUUCUAAGAUUCCGGCAGCUGCGAACCCUUUGGCUGAAGAUGCUUUAAAGAUUGCAUCCAAUAUUAUUUACCAUGCACAAUACAGCCCUCAUUUCUCCCCUUCCAAGUUCGAGCCGGAGCAAGCUUUCUAUGCCACUGCUGAGAGUGUUCGUGAUCGGCUUGUACAACAAUGGAAUGAGACGUAUCUUCAUUAUCACAAAGUUGAUCCAAAGCAGACAUACUACUUAUCAAUGGAAUAUCUUCAAGGACGAGCUUUGACCAAUGCAAUUGGGAACCUGGACAUUCAAGGCGCAUAUGCUGAUGCUUUAAAUAAGCUGGGACAUGAACUUGAGGAAAUCGUUGAGCAGGAGAAAGAUGCAGCACUUGGAAAUGGUGGUCUAGGGAGACUUGCUUCAUGUUUUCUAGACUCUAUGGCAACACUGAAUUUGCCUGCAUGGGGAUAUGGUCUGAGGUACAGAUAUGGGCUGUUCAAGCAGAGGAUCACCAAGGAGGGCCAAGAAGAAAUUGCUGAGGACUGGCUUGAGAAGUUUAGUCCUUGGGAAGUUGUCAGGCAUGAUGUUGUAUUCCCUGUCAGAUUCUUUGGUCAUGUUCAGGUUAAUCCUGAUGGAUCCCGAAAGUGGGUUGGUGGAGAGAUUGUGCAAGCUCUAGCUUAUGAUGUUCCAAUUCCAGGAUAUAAAACCAAGAAUACUAUUAGUCUUCGCCUCUGGGAAGCAAGAGCUUCUGCUGAGGACUUCAAUCUGUUUCAAUUUAAUGAUGGACAGUAUGAAUCUGCUGCGCAGCUUCAUUCUCGAGCUCAGCAGAUUUGUGCUGUUCUUUAUCCUGGGGAUGCAACAGAAGAAGGAAAGCUUUUGCGGCUGAAGCAACAAUUCUUUCUAUGUAGUGCGUCGCUUCAGGAUAUUAUUAUGAGAUUUAAGGAGAGGAGAACUGGGAAAAGCUCAUGGAAAUGGUCUGAAUUUCCCAGCAAGGUUGCAGUACAACUGAAUGAUACUCAUCCUACCCUUGCAAUUCCCGAGCUGAUGCGAAUUCUAAUGGAUGAUGAAGGAAUUGGGUGGGAUGAAGCCUGGGAUGUGACAACAAGGACCGUUGCUUAUACAAAUCACACAGUCCUUCCUGAAGCAUUAGAGAAGUGGUCACAAACUGUCAUGUGGAAGCUUCUUCCACGCCACAUGGAAAUCAUAGAAGAAAUAGAUAAGAGGUUCAUUGCGCUGAUACGUAGCAGUCGGACUGAUCUUGAGAGUAAGCUUCCCAGCAUGUGCAUCUUGGAUAAUAAUCCCCAAAAGCCAGUUGUUCGGAUGGCGAAUUUGUGUGUGGUUUCUUCACAUACGGUGAAUGGUGUAGCUCAGUUACACAGUGAUAUCUUGAAGUCUGAGUUAUUUGCAGACUAUGUGUCUAUAUGGCCAAAAAAGUUCCAAAAUAAAACAAAUGGAAUUACACCUCGCCGUUGGCUCCGGUUUUGCAGUCCUGAGCUCAGUAACAUAAUUACAAAAUGGUUAAAAACUGAUCAGUGGGUUACCAACCUUGACCUACUUGUAGGUCUCCAAAAGUUUGCGGACAAUGAGGACUUCCAAACUGCAUGGGGCUCUGCCAAGAUGGCUAAUAAGCAACGUUUGGCACAGUACAUACUGCGAGUGACAGGUGUAAGCAUUGAUCCAAAUAGUUUAUUUGACAUACAAGUCAAGCGAAUCCAUGAAUAUAAAAGACAGCUUCUGAAUAUUUUGGGUGCAGUAUAUAGAUACAAGAAAUUGAAGGAGAUGAGUGCUGAAGAGCGGAAGAAUACAACUCCACGCACUGUUAUGAUUGGAGGCAAAGCAUUUGCUACAUAUACAAAUGCUAAAAGAAUAGUGAAGCUGGUAAAUGAUGUUGGCGCUGUUGUCAACAGUGAUCCUGAAGUCAAUAGUUAUUUGAAGGUAGUAUUUGUUCCAAAUUACAAUGUAUCUGUAGCAGAGAUGCUUAUUCCAGGAAGUGAACUAUCACAGCAUAUCAGUACUGCAGGCAUGGAGGCAAGCGGCACAAGCAACAUGAAAUUUGCACUCAAUGGUUGCCUUAUAAUAGGAACUCUGGAUGGGGCUAAUGUGGAAAUUAGGGAGGAAAUAGGAGAGGAAAAUUUCUUUCUCUUUGGUGCAACAGCAGAUGAGGUCCCUAGACUACGCAAGGAAAGAGAGAAUGGAUUGUUCAAACCAGAUCAUCGAUUUGAGGAGGCCAAGCAGUUUAUAAGAAGUGGGGCAUUUGGAAGCUACGAUUACAAUCCACUUCUUGAUUCUCUGGAGGGGAACUCUGGUUAUGGCCGUGGUGAUUAUUUUCUUGUUGGGGAUGACUUCCCAAGCUAUUUGGAUGCUCAGAAAAGAGUAGAUGAAGCUUACAAGGAUAGCAAGAGAUGGCUGAAAAUGUCCAUAUUAAGCACCGCUGGCAGUGGCAAAUUCAGUAGCGAUCGCACAAUUGCUCAAUAUGCAAAAGAGAUAUGGAAUAUUGAGGGGUGCCGAGUACCAUAAUUGCUACUAUAUGCCACUCAUCAUUCUAUGUUUAUGAUUGUAAUAAAGCAUGAUCAAGCUGGAAAGAAUCAGGGAAAUGUCAAGGGAAAGGAACCAUACUUGUAUCAAAAUAUGCAUAAGUGGAACGCAUCAAUAAACCAGAUGCUAUGCAUCUGUCACUCUUCAUGUUUGUAUUAGGAGAUAUUAUUGCCCUAUAAAAUAAUCUCUUUUUUGUUUUUUAAUUUCCUUGUGUAAUAUCCUUGGCAUGUUGAUAUCAGAAUAUCUGUUUUUCGGACAAUUUAAACUACAGAUUUGACUGCUA